UCCCGUUAGGUGGACGUGUACAUGUAUGUGGUAACAUGUUCGUCUCCCGGCUCGGUUUCAGUUACUGAAUGAACGUCACUGUAGUUAGCGUUAUUUAUUAAAACAGAGGGAACAGAAAUGGCAGGAGAAAUGUCUAUAAUCGGUUCUGUGAUCCUGGCGUUAUUCCUAGCCGGAUAUCUGGGACAGCAGUAUCUGCCUCCUCCUAAACCCCGAGUCAUCGGGCUCGACCUCGGGACGACGUUUUGCUCGGUAGGAGUCUUCCAGCCGGGGACGGGGGACGUGGAGGUGAUCGGAGACGAGAAGGGUAGAAAAAGCAUCCCCAGUGUGGUGUCCUUCACCGCGACAGGCGUAUACGCCGGACACGAAGGCCAGGAGCUGGCUGACAUCAACCCGCAAAACACGGUUUACGAUGCCAAGCGAUUUAUAGGGAAGAUUUUUGACCAGACGACUUUGGACCAGGAGAGCGCUCGCUACCCCUUCAAGGUCGUGCUGAACAACGGCAGUGCCGAAUUCCUGCUCAACACAAACAGCAAGUUCACCGUGAGCCCCGAGUUCAUCGGCUCUCGGCUGCUGUUAAAGAUGAAGAAAAUGGCGGAGGAGCACCUCGGGGUCCCCAUCGACAAAGCGGUGAUAUCAGUGCCAGCAGAGUUCGACGAGAGGCAGAGGAACUACACCAUCAGAGCUGCCAGUUUAGCAGGGCUGGACAUCCUGAGGGUCAUUAACGAACCCACAGCAGCGGCGAUGGCGUACGGGCUUCAUAAAGUGGAUGUGUUUAACGUGCUGGUGGUGGAUCUGGGAGGAGGAACGCUGGAUGUGUCUCUGCUCAAUAAGCAGGGGGGAAUGUUCCUCACCAGGGCCAUGGCAGGAAAUAAUAAGUUAGGAGGGCAGGACUUCAGCCAGCGGCUCUUCCAGUACGUCAGCGAGCGAGUACUUCAGCAGUACGGCGUCGCUCCGUCGUUAAAGGAGGACAUCCAGCGUCUCCGUCAGGCCGUAGAAGAAGCCAAACUCAGCCUGACCAUGAAAUCCAGCGUCUCCCUUAAAGUCCCCCUCCAUCUCCAAACCACAGGAGCGCAGGAGGAGCUCGUCACCUUCCAGCAGGAGCUCAGCCGCCAGCUCUUCGAGGAGCUCAACGCAGAUCUGUUCCAGAAGAUUCUGGCCCCCAUCGAGACGGUCCUGGCAGAGGGACAUCUGGAAAAAGACGAGGUGGAUGAGGUCGUGCUGGUGGGCGGGUCCACGAGGAUCCCCCGCGUUCGCCAGAUCAUCAGCGAGUACUUCGGGAAGGAAGUGAACACGCGUGUGGACCCGGACCUGGCCGUAGUGACGGGCGUGUCUCUCCAGGCGGGCAUCAUGGGAGGAUCGUGGCCUCUGCAGGUCAGCGCCAUCGAGAUUCCCAACAGACACCUGCGCAAAACCAACUUCAGCUGAGACGCAGCAGGUGGAACAUCAGGCGGAGGAACUCGAGACUGAACCGAGUCAAGAAUAAUUUCCCUUUUGAGUGGAAAGUGAUUAUUUGGAUGUUUAGUGGUUCAUACAAUUUGCCCAACUUUUUAACUGCUAUAACGCUUAAACUAAAACAUAGCAAACUUCAAAUAAGAGUUUCAUCUUCAGUCUUUCAGCCACACAGACUGCAGUAAGAUUGCGUGGGAUCUUUGAGGUUAGACUUUCAUAUAAAGCAGUGUGGGUUUCUGAAAGCUUUGGAUAAGGUGCUUAUCAUCUAGCUCUAACCAGUUCUGGGACCAAACUGUAGGAUUUCUACAGAAAAUAAUUACUCUCAGCUCACUUGGAGACUGUGCAGGAUGAUCUACAUGUUGAUUGGACAAUAUAUAAAACACCAGAUUAAUAACAUGUAAAAAUAAAGUGUAUAAAUUAAAAUUAAUUACAUUUAAUUGCUUAUUUUGCCAAAUUUGAGCAGAGACCAUAGUUACGUUCUUCUGCUUUUGUGUGGACCGAAGCUAUAAAGCUGCGUUCACAAGGAUCCAUGUUACUCUUACUCUUCUUAUUAAUUUCAAUAAGAGUGAUGAGAUGAUGGACUACAUGCAUACACAUCGCUGUCUAUUAAAGUUCACCAGAGUCGAAAUGUUGAUGGAAAGUCAGUCAAAAGACGACCGGAUGGGUGCCAAUAAUAAUUCACACCGAUGUUAAGGAAGAUGAAGGAGAAAGUACAUGCCCAGAGCUGCGCAAUGCAGCGCUACAUCUCUGAAAUAGCUUUGUAAAGAGUCUCUUAAAUGUGACCAGUCUUUCAUCAGCUAUUUAUUUAUUUAUUUAUAGCCUCUCAGUCUGUUAAUGACUGCUUUUAUUUAAGCCGCUGUUUUUACAGUAAUUUGUUUUUGCAUUUUAGAAAAUCGCUACGGUUACUGGAGUUAUUUGUGCAUCAUGGACUGCUCUUCUUGCUUUUUUUUUUUAGGCAGUGGGAAAACAAAAGCUGGUCUGCUUUACUAACUAAAAAAAUGUGCAAAAAGUAACAUUUCUAGAGUUUUGGUGUUCAUGCUAUCUCAGACUCAGUGAACAUGUACAGUUAUUUCAGUCAACUGUUUAAAAAAAAAAAAUCUACACUGUGUGUCAAAUUAGGUACUGUCCUUUACCUACUAAUACAUAUUUAAUAUAUUUUUGUCAUUUUUUUUUUUUUUUUGUCAGAUCUUACAUUCAAGCUUGAAUUUCGAAGAAAAAUGUUGCACUUUAAAAUACAGUGGCUUAAACAGUUAAAAAAUCAUGUCAGUUUGUCAAAGUCUGGAAUAAACAUCUAAUUAUGUGUAA